GCGGCGUUGACGUUACAAUGAAACCUACUCAAAAUACUCCCGUCGCGGUAUGCUGCAAUAUUUGUUACUUGUUGGCAGGAGGCCAGGUAAAAAUCCACUAAUAUGAAGUAGUGAGCAUGUAUUCCCACUACCCUUCCCACAGAAUACGGUUUUUGAAUUCAAGACUAGGUCUACCUUGUUUGCUCGCAAGUUGCAGGUAGGCCACUGAAGGCAGUACGGUGGCGUCUCAUAGUAGCGCAUAAUCCAUGAUUGUUGGUCAGACUCAAUCACACAGCCUUGUCACUCAUGUCACGAUCGCCCCUUGAUCGAUGAUCCGGGUGUCCACCCGUGUUGCAACACAGCAGUCAGCUGUGGGUGCUUAAAUGAUGGAUUUGAGUACUCGUAACGUACAACGAGAAGCGUCGAUCUGUUUUCCACAAACUUGAUACAUGAUGAGUCAACCUACUGCUUUGUACGUCGACGCUGGCCUUCAGGCAUCCAAGUAUGUCAAUGUCGGGAUGUUUGCUGUUUUAAUUUUUGACUAUUUCAUUACCCUAGAGGUAGAGGUGCGCUUCGAACACAAUACUAUCCUGGUGAAAGUCCGCAGAAGGCUUGUUAAUAACGAGGAUUUAUGCUUCCUGGAACAUCUGUGGACAGCGGAUCCGGGCGACUGUCUUUUCCUGGGCGGCAGGAAUAACGUCUUCGAAUUCAGAAAGUACAACAAUGCCGUCGGACAACUCCAAAGAACGUUUUUUAACGACUCAGCGAAAUAUAUGAUGUGCAUUAUGACUCGCGUGCUGACUUCCUACUAUGAAGUCGUGUCUUCGUUCAGUAUAGUCUUGACCAUAGUUCCUCCGAUCACAUGGGUUUCGAUCACAGACUCUCCGCAAGUCGUCAUCCACAGUGUUCUAGCAUCUAGGAUUCUUUUCAACCUACGAGCGAGUGAAGGACGAUCGCAGACUCAUACAACACUGUCCGACGUAUCUGAGAUACAGUUUGGAGGAGGCCAACUUUCGACGGCGGACCCGUACCUUUACCUGGCAAAAACCCGUAUCCGCUCUAAGGAUACAUCAGGGAAACAUAAUUUGCUACAGAGUGCUUUGUAG